CAACAGGACCUGCUCCUCAGCACGUGCGACUGAUGGCUUAAAACAAUCGUCAAACGAAUCCCCCGCUCCACCUCGGAAUAAAAUGGCAGUAGAUAAAUUGUCGCGCGCGGUUACUGGAUCCACUGCUUUGGUAAAACAGCAACAACGACUGCCUACAGGGGACACGACACCACCACCGCCUAACGACAUCGACUGAUCAGGCCAGCAGCGGAUGCGACAACCGUCGCAGCGUCAGGGCUGGAGGGAGCGACAAGCCUGAUCACUCAAACUGCAGGCGUUGAUCCGACUGGAAGGUAGGGGGGGACAGCUGAUGGCGGCUGCGACAGAGAGUAGGUGAUCGGUUGAAACUUGAAAGGCUUCCAUCUUUGUAGGUUGACUAUGCUGUUGCUGGUCAAGUCCUGCCUGAUCCCGAGGUCUUGAAACGCUUGGGGGUGAAGACGAUGGUGGAAGGUCGAUUCCAGCCUAUUGCAUCAUCCCUAAAACAGAAUAUCUAGCCCAUUGACGCGCUCGAGAAUCGAACAGUGUGACUGUUAUCCUUGUUCUAUGCGGCAGCUCUUCUCACCUUCUGGUCCGCCUGCCGUGGGAAGUUCAUGACGAAGCCGUCAAGCUUAUAUUUUCUCUUCCCGUCUUUCACACUCUGAUUCGCUGCUCGCUGCAAAGUCAUGAAAGUGGCCCUCAGGACGCUGACUCGGCUGAUGGCGUCACCGCAGGUCUGCCUCAUCGUCGCCAUCUUGUGCGGGGCAUCGUGCAGCACCCUCGUCGACCCCUCCACCACCCUGGGCUGCCAUGUCCGCUUGUACCAGUUCCACGCCGUCAAACCGGACAUCAUCACCGCCAAUGGUGACAUCUUGACCUGCCAAGGGGACGUUACUGUCAACUCCUGCUGGGGACGCUGCGAUUCCAGUGAGAUUGGAGACUUCAAGAUGCCUUUUAAGAUCAGCCACCACCCAGUGUGUACGUACACGGGCCAAAGGGAGAGAACAGUUGUGCUCAGUGACUGCGAAGGGUACCCGGACCCUACUCUCCAGGUGUUCGAUGCCACGGGCUGCGCCUGCCGGGGAUGUGACUCUGAUUUUACCAGUUGUGAAAACCUCAAUGGCUGAGGGCCACUCUCUCCGCUGUUGAGGACUUCGAUAGAUUAUGCUGAUUUUGCGAACACCUCGCUGACUUGAGGACAUUGGAGGUCUCUGAUCAUCAUGCUGUCUGCUUGGGUGAACUUCUCGCUUCAGGAACAGAAUUUGUUGAAUAGCUAUUAAUAUUUAACGGUAUUUCCUGCAGUGAAAAAAAAAAACCGCAAUAAAGUGGGUUGAGGUUGCUUGAGACCUACAACGUGCUUUCCCAACACCAACAGUUUUGAUUUAUUAUGCUGCUGCUUACAAACCCGCUUACCUAACUGGAUUUUGACUAAUGAAAAUAAAUAAGAAAUAAACCGGAAAAACAGAAUAAACACCUCUCUCUGUCACUCUUUCUCUCUCUCUCUGUCACACACAUACUUCAAUCCAGCCAUACAUACAUGCAAGCAUGCAUACCUACUUACCUCCAUCCAUACAUCCAUUCUAACCCUGGAUGUUGUAUCAGCAAAAUUUCUUUUGUAAGAGUAAGUAAAAUUGUGUAAGAAAUAUUGUCAAAUAUUGAAACCAAAUUUAUUUGAUCAGAGAUUGUCCAUCAAAAGCUUGUUAGAAACACCAGAAAACUAUUUAGAAUCCGUUAAAUACAUGAAACCAUUUGCUUGUUGACUUCUUGUUAAAAGUGUUUAUUUUCGAGAAAAUUAUUUAAAAGCUUUUCUGUGCUGCCAAGAAGCAGUUCGCUCGUACAGUGCCAUAAGUAAACAUGUCGGCCCUGGUCUUCAGAUCGAUCACGAAGAUCAAACUUGGAUUUCAGUGCAACACAGGGUUAUGGUCAUUGUAUAAUAAUAAAGAAAGUUCCAGAAGAAG